UGCACCACGAGAACAACGUGAAAAAAACGAGGCAGCGAGGUGGCAGGGCUGCUCACGAGCGUACAAGGCGAUAAGAGAAUCUUUUGUGCUCGGAGGCGAGCGUCGCAGGCGUAAUGCGAAGGUUUUGGGAUCGUUCCCCACCUGCGGCAAGUUGUUUUUUCAUCCAUAUUCAUUACCAUUAAUUUAUCAUUUCCUUAAUUAUAUAAGCAUAGUACAAGUAAUUGCCCCUAUGUCCCGGUUUGUUGUUUUCUCGCGACACCUCAGUACGAGGUCUCUUCAAAAAAAAUAUUCGGUAUUAUAUUCCGAUAUACUGAACAAAUUCCACUCGUUUCAAGGCCGUUUUCGGGGCUUGAGAGAAAGGUCCUUCGCGGUCCCCUUAGCGCAUCCAUUGCCUUUUGGUGUCAGACGUGUAUCAGGUUUUUUUUUUUUCUCUCGCAGGUUAAAUGGCCACUGCCGGAAAUGACACGGAAGCCGCUCUGGCGCCUCACGGUGCUAAUGAAGUGAGCUAUCAGCUGGCUGACCUCGAAGGUGCCACAGGCUGCUUCUCUGGAAACGUCAUCAACUACCGUAUGCCUUGCACGGCAACCGAGGCCACGGCGUGCCAGAUUGUCUCCCAUCUUCCCGUAUGGAACGAGUUACUCUGCUGGCUUGAUUUGGAGCUCCGCGAGUUGUCGGAGACCGGAGGGCAACUUGGCCUGGUGGAUUUCCCUAUGACACACGCUGUUUCGUGUAAAUCAGACGACAAACUACAGCAGGCCGUCACUCUGGUGUGCUGGCUGCUAAAGACGCAUCGCUGCGUAGUGUCUGUGCAUAUCCCGAACCCUUGGGACGGUGCGAUAAGCUCGAAAUUGUAUAGAGAUAUAUUUUGGAAAGCACUGCAUGGUAAUUCUUCUAUAAAAUAUAUGACCUUGAAGCAUUGGUCACAGAUCGAAAACGCAAGCUUUUACAAAAUUUACUUCUCUCUGAAAUGCCUCGAGGAACUUGAACUUGGAAGUUUCUCAAGUCAUUUGCAGAUUUCACAAGCAAUUUCGAUGCUUUCCCAAACUACAAGAACGUUGACUAAGCUCCACAUGCCCUUUAUGCCGCGAGUAGAAAGAACUCAAGCGAUGGACUUCUUUGCAGCGCUCAUAGCCAACUCAAGAUUGCGAGAUCUGACGCUGGGGUCCAAUAUAAUUGGAGAAGACCCAACUUCAUUUCUUGGAUUUCUGGCCAGUACCACCACCUUACAACAUUUGAGCGUGUUCGAGUGCUACGGAGUAUUUCGUGACAACACGUUGAAAUGGGUUUUCGAAGGUAUGCUCAAGAACCGCACAGUCUGCAGCUUAGAGGCAAGAGACUUCGUAUUGGAGUCGGAAAGCGUUGAGCUGGGAGCGAGGAUGCUGGCAGAAAACAAUGUUUUGACAAACUUUAAGUUUUUAUCUUGCGUCGCACGCUAUAGUAAUUUACCAACCACACAGCUGAUUCGUUUAGGAAUGCGUGCGGAUAUCGUCACGUGGGCUGAAGCGAUUUCGCAGAACAACGCGCUCCAAUAUGCGACGUUGAGUUUCGGCAUCUGCACAGCUGAGCAAUGGGGAUCAUUCUUCCGUGUUCUGUCGAAACGAAGAAACCUCAAGAUGGUGACCAUUGAUGUGCGAGAAGACGAAUACGGUCACUUGGCCAGUGUCGUCAAGGAUCUUGAAGGAAGCGGCAGUGAAGAGAAAGUUUCUUUCACAGCUCCCUGCGGGCUCGACACAUUGGCACUCUCUGAGUGCAAGCGCUGCUCCGAACUUGAAGCGUAUCUGCCGAACUGCAACGACCUUAACCUUAUUCGAGUUUUUCAGCAGCUUCAUACUUUUUCGCACUUGAAUACUAUGAGCCUGAGAAUAAAUCGGUGGGACAGCACGAUUUCUUUUCUUAUUGCCGAUUACAUAGCAACCACAUCUACGCUCCAAAAGCUCCACAUGCAGUUCAGUAACGCAUAUGUCCCGCCCGAAUCGCUCAAAUGGUGGCCAGCUCUUUCACGGUCGCUACGGCUCAACAGGAGCAUCACUGACCUUGGCAUUGGUGUUGAUGCCGUAUCAUGCGAAGACGUCAUGCUCGUUGCCGAUGCUAUAAUCCAGAGCGCGACGAUCCGAAAGAUCUGCUUACUGCGCUGGUCUUCACCUCCACUUCCCUACUUCACGCGCCACCUGGGCGCCGGCAUAUUAAAGAACCGCACGCUGUGCAGCGCCACCAGCUCGAGGCUUUACGUGCCUUGGGAUAGCGAGUGGGCCGCCGACUGGUUCGCCGUGCGCAACACAGCGCGGAGGAACUCGACAUUUGUGGCCCGAGCAGCUCAAUUCCUGAAGCACGCACGGCGCGACAGGUUAUGCGCCGCAGGUUUGGACCGGGUCUCCCGCCAUCCAGCUCUCGUGGCAGAGCUCGCCCAAGUGUUGUCCGUCGACGAGCCCGAGGCAGCCGACAUGGUACGACAAAAUGCCCGGCGCAUCGAGGGUCUGCACGACUUCAUGCGACUGGCCGGGGUCGUCAAGGAGCAGGUCACGUGCCUGCCACGUCAGGACGGGCGCAUGCAACUGGACGGCCUUAAUCAAGACUGCUGGGCCCGCGUGAGGCGCUACCUGGAGCUGGACGACGUAGGAUGGGAAUACCCCUGUUGCGUGUGCUGAGGUACGCGUGACCGGCGGGAGGUCUUGAUCCCACUUCGCGCAGAGUCAGAGACGAGGAGAGCUUUCGCGGCGGAGAAUUAUUCACGCAAUGUUUGCAUGUUGUCGUAGUCAUUAGGAGCGAGACAAACAGUGAAGCUUCAAGCUCCUUAAAUAACACCCCUCAGACCCCAGAUUCCUCAGACAGUCCCUAAGGACGAACCGAGGUCGAGAGAGAGGGAGAGACGCUCCCUGGCUCCUUUACGGAAAGGACAAGUCGUACGAGUGCGCGGAGACCGAUGGGAUACCAAAGCCAGAGUGAUGCGAGCGGAGCAACCAAGGUCCUACCGAGUAGAGACAGAAGACGGCAAAAUUCUGCGUCGGAACCGGCAGCACCUUCUUGCGACAGCCGAACCUUUCAGCAUGGAGUCAUCCACCGGAGACUCCACGGACGACGAAAGCGACAACGACGGCAUUGUAAACGAACAUACGUCGUCAAACGGAGGUGCACCGGCGAUAUCAAAUGAGACAACCCGCUUUUGAGGAGAUCAACACGGCAAAGAAGACCACCACAGCGCCUCCAAUACGGCAGCAAUUUUAAGCAAUGUUCGUAACCCCUCGCAAUACCUUUCGAUAAUAUUUUCACUUUCGUGUUUAUACAGAAAAGAGGAUGUAUCGUAUUUUAUAAAGGCAUACACAUCAUGUUCAACUCGGCAUUACUGCGCAUGCCCACUAACGAUCGAACCAACGAACAUGCCCUCGAAAGCUAUCUUAAACGUGUUUCCUCUCCUACCCACAACGUAUAUAUAGUUGAGCAAAUAAAGCAACGGGGCUCUGUGUUGACUGACACUUG